AAAAAUUGCGAACAGAUUUUACCGUUGGUAAAGAAGUCAAUUUUGCCGGUUCUGGAAGCAUGGAAGAGAAACUUAAUAAGGCGAGCAAUAACCCUGACCUUGUUUCACGAUUGAUAAGAAGUAGCACCUU